AUGAAUUCCUUGAAGCAAAUUGUGGGCAUACUGACGAAUACAGCACCAUUGCACCUGGCAGCUGACUGGGAUAAUGUUGGUCUUCUGGUGGAACCCUCCCCUCCCAAGUACAUCAGUAAACUCAUGCUGACCAAUGACUUGACAGUGUCGGUCAUGGAGGAAGCCAAGAACAAGACGGUGGACCUCAUCAUCUCUUAUCACCCUCCCAUAUUCCGGCCAUUCAAACGCUUGUCGCAGGGGUCCUGGAAGGAGAGGAUUCUCGUGGACUGUAUAGAGAACAGGAUUGCUGUCUUUUCACCUCACACAAGCCAUGAUGCUGUCCAGGGAGGGGUUAAUGAUUGGUUGUUGUCAGCCUUUGAUGUCAAGAAAGACUCCGUCUAUGCCAUUGAAGCCACCCAGGAGUUUGUCGAGGGCAACACUCAUGUGUUACAGGUUGACGUGGACUUGGCCAAGCUGGACAAAGUCAGAGACAAAAGUCUUAUAGCCUACCUCCCUACUGAGUCUCGAUUGAGAAAAAACAAAGAUUUGUUUACCUUUUAUCCCAUCAAAGUCAACUCGUCAUCAGACAAUGAACUGUGGCAACUCCGUGUCGAGUGCACCGAAUCUGAACUAUCUGCCAUGCUCAAGGGAUUGCUUGCUUCACAUUCUCAGUUGAAAUACAGCGUGGCUUCUCUCUCCAAGGUUCCACGAUCUGCAAGUGGAUUUGGUAGAAGAGCAGAGUUGUCAGCCCCUGUUACCCUAGAGACUGCUAUAUCAAAGGUCAAAAGUCAUCUUGGUUUGUCACACAUUAGUGUUGCCAAGGCCAUUGGCAAAGAUGACCUUGAUAUACAAACUGUUGCCGUGUGUGCUGGCUCGGGAUCCGGUGUCCUGAAUGAGGUCACUGCUGACCUACUUUUGACUGGUGAAAUGGGACACCAUGAAGUCCUGGAUGCUGUCCAUGGAGGGUCACAUGUCAUCUUGUGUCAUCACAGUAACACCGAGAGAGGAUACCUCAAACACUUUCAGCAGAAGCUGGUCUCUUUGAUUGGUAAUUCUGUAGAGAUUUUUGUCUCAGAGGCUGACCAAGACCCGCUGGAGGUUGUCUGA